AUGUGGAUUCAGGUUCGAACCAUGGAUGGCAAGGAGACCCACCGGGUAGAUUCCCUCUCUAAGCUCACCAAGGUGGAAGAGCUGAGGUUGAAAAUCCAGGAAGUGUUCAGGGUGGAACCAGGGCGACAGAGGCUUUUUUAUCGUGGCAAACAGAUGGAAGAUGGGCACUCCCUUUUUGACUACAGCGUUGGUCUGAAUGACAUUGUUCAGCUACUUGUUCGACAAAGCCCAGCUGUACUUUCUGUUCCUAGUAAAGAAAAGGAUUCUGAACUCUCAGAUACAGAUUCGGGCUGUUGCUCAGGCCAGAGUGAAUAUGAUAAGAGUUCUAACCAUGGAGAAGGAGCCCUGGAAAUUGAAGGGCAACCUGGCCCAGCUGCUCAAGGGGACUGGAUUGAUCCAGGAUUUGGCCUUUAUAAGAUCAAUGAAUAUGUAGAUGCUCGGGAUACGAACAUGGGAGCAUGGUUUGAAGCUAUAUUGGUAAAUGUUACAAGGAAAGAAAGAGAAGCCAGUGAAUCCAGUGACAGUGGAGAUGGCCAGGUGCCUGAAGAGGAUGUUAUCUAUCAUGUGAAAUAUGAAGACUACCCAGAAAAUGGUGUUGUGAAAUUAAGUUCAAAAGAUGUAAGAGCUCGGGCUCGGACAAUACUGAAGUGGCAUCAGCUGGAAGUUGGACAGAUUGUGAUGGUGAACUACAAUCCUGAUGAGCCCAAGGAGAGGGGCUUCUGGUAUGAUGCUGAGAUCUUGCGAAAACGGGAAACAAGGACUGCUAAAGAAAUCUAUGCAAACUUAUUGCUUGGGAAUGCCGCAGAUUCUCUGAAUGACUGUAGGAUAACUUUUGUGGAUGAAGUUUACAAAAUUGAGGAGCCUGGCAGUGCGAGCCCAAUUAGUUUUGAAAACGUUUUUAAAAGACAGAGUGGCCCCAUUUGCAAACACUGUAAAGAUAACCCCAAUAAACCCUGCAAAGUGUGUGCCUGCUUAUUGUGUGGAGGAAAGCAAGACCCUGACAAGCAGCUGAUGUGUGAUGAGUGUGACAUGGCCUUCCACAUCUACUGCCUCAGCCCUCCACUGAGCCGGAUUCCAGAUGUUGAGGACUGGUAUUGCCCCGAGUGUCGAAAUGAUGCCAGUGAGGUGGUCUUGGCAGGAGAGAAAUUAAAAGAGAGCAAAAAGAAGGCAAAGAUGGCAUCUGCAACAUCAUCAUCUCAGAGAGACUGGGGCAAGGGUAUGGCAUGUGUGGGUCGCACAAGAGAAUGCACUAUUGUGCCUUCUAAUCAUUAUGGACCAAUCCCGGGGGUUCCUGUUGGCACCAUGUGGAAGUUCAGAGUGCAGGUGAGUGAGUCUGGUGUCCAUAGGCCCCAUGUGGCAGGCAUACAUGGCAGAAGCAAUGAUGGCGCCUACUCUCUGGUCCUGGCAGGGGGCUAUGAAGAUGAUGUGGACCAUGGCAACUCUUUCACUUAUACAGGCAGUGGGGGCAGAGAUCUUUCUGGCAACAAAAGGACUGCAGAGCAGUCCUGUGAUCAGAAACUCACCAAUAUGAACAGAGCUCUGGCUUUGAACUGCAGUGCUCCUAUCAAUGACCGAGGUGGAGCUGAAGCCAAGAACUGGCGAGCUGGAAAACCUGUCCGGGUGGUGAGAAACGUUAAGGGAGGGAAACACAGCAAAUAUGCCCCAGCCGAAGGGAAUCGAUAUGAUGGAAUAUACAAGGUAGUGAAGUAUUGGCCUGAAAAAGGGAAAUCUGGCUUCCUUGUGUGGCGUUACCUUCUCAGGAGGGAUGAUGAUGAACCUGGCCCAUGGACAAGGGAAGGGAAAGAUAGAAUGAAGAAACUUGGCCUAACAAUGCAGUAUCCUGAAGGAUAUUUGGAAACAGUUGCUAAGAAAGAGAAGGAAAAAGAAAAUAAGAAUGAUGGUGAAGAAUUGACAUCUCCAAGGAAAGGAAAGGGGAAAAGGAAAAGGAAGUCAUCAGGGGGUCGAGAGACCUUUUUGUACUCUCCUAGUACAGAGUCCAAGAAGACUAAAGUGGAACCAUACAAACUAACCUCCCAGCAGAAGACUCUAAUCAAGAAAGAUGAAUCCAAUGAAAAACUGUGGAACGAAGUGUUAGGUGCCCUGAAGGAUGGGCCGAAAUUCCUGAAUAAAGUGGAAGAAACAUUCCUGUGUAUUUGCUGUCAAGAGGUAGUGUUUCGGCCAAUUACCACUGUGUGUCAGCAUAAUGUUUGCAAGGAUUGUUUGGACCGAUCCUUCCGAGCUGAGGUGUAUAGCUGCCCAGCUUGCCGGUAUGAUCUGGGUAAAUCUUACACUAUGGAAGUGAAUCAGCCGCUGCAAACCAUCCUCAGUCAGCUCUUCCCAGGCUAUGGCAACGGGCGGUGAUUCUGUCAAGCACUUCUUUUUUCUUACUUUGAUGGUAAAACUUGGGAGUGGGUUUCCAGUAAGCUUAAUUUAAACAAUAGCUUCACCUUUUCCCUGAAAAGAUUUGUCUUCCCUACCCUUUUAAAAAAAGUUUAUAAACUUUGAGGGA